AUGGCGAGGACCCGCGCAGGCAGGGGCCGGCCGCCCCAGGCGGGGCGCGGCAGAGGGCGCGGCCAGCAGAACCCUUUCGCGGACGAGUCCGCCCCUGGGGUGAUCCGGCAGCCCGAGAAGCAGAAGAAGAACAAGGCCAAGGCGCAGGGGAAGCGCGCCACCAAGGCCUCGUCGCUCCCGCUCGCCAGGCAGGUAGACGCAGCGCCCGAGGACGCGAUUCUGCGCCACCAGGAGAUUCAGAAGGCCCACACCGACGCGGUGAUGGCCAUCGUGAUGCAGCAAGAUGCCAUCUACACUGCGUCGCGGGACAAGCUCCUCAAGAGGUGGAAGCCGCAGAAGCUAUCUUCUGGCCGCUUCGAGCUCACCGCCGACCUGGAGGUGCCCCUCGGCGACGUCUGCUGGUGCCUGGUGGCGGCGGGCGAGUGGCUCUUCUGCGGCCUGGGCGACGGCAAGAUCCGCGGCUUCUCGAAGUCCGGCCAGGACCUCACCCUGUCAGAUCCGUCCAGCUCCAAGCGCGUGUCCAGUCUGCUGCAGCACCAGCACGUCUUGCUUUCUGCGGGCGCGGACGCGGUUGUGAGGUGUUGGACGAUGCCGGCAGGCGCCAGCACUUUCUCCUGCACCGCCUCUGUCAGCGAGGGCAUCCUCGGUGCGGUUCAGUGCAUGUGUGUGCUCAGCGAGUGCUUAUGGGUGGGAGGUACCUCUGGGGUGUCCAUCGUGGAGCUCGCUACCCUCAGAGUCGUGAAGCAGCUCCAGCCCAGAAAGUUGGUGUCGGGCUUCUUGCAGUUCGAGGGUCACAUGGUAGUGUCUUAUGCCGACGGCACAGUCUGCAUCUUCGACCCGGCGGGGAACCAGAAGCUGUGCCAGCCGCCCAUGCCGGCAGGCCCCGUCCUGUGCAUGGCUGGGCUGGACUCUGGGCCCCGGGUGCUGUGCGGGCACUCCAAGGGGCAGGUCAGCUCGAUCACGCUCCCGAUGUUCCAGCUGAAGCACCACUGGCAGGCGCUGGAGCGGUGCAAGGUGCAGAGCCUCUGCUGCGCGGGGCACGACGGCAUCUUCCUGCUGGGGGCCGAGAACGGCAGCCUGCAGCUCUGGCAGCGGAGCGCGCCGCCGGGGUCCUGA